UUCCAGCCAUCACUUGGCUGUGGUUGCGAAGGUAAGCGGGCUCGGACCUGCUUUGCUUUUGGAUGCGAAAGCCUCAGACAAUCCCAAGGCUGGGAAGUUGGAAAAGCAUGCUGGAAGAAGGAGUCAUUACUUGUUUUAGAUGGGAUUUAAUCUCAACAGAUGGUUAGGCAGUAAUGCUUGAUGGUCCAUGAGCAUGUGAGAACAUGAGUAAUUCUCCCAUUCUGUGUCAGAAUCAAGUACAAAUAUCGAGAAUGACGCUGCAUGAGAUGGUUCAGGCUGCCGCCAGGUUAUAUCCUGACAGAAGAGCUGUGUGCUUUGAUGAAUGUAGCCAUCAAACUCCAGUUACCUACACAUACAAGACAGUUAUAAACCUUGCUGCACAGCUUACAGAUUUCCUGAGGAAACAUUGCAAUCUUACAGAAAAUUUGGAAAUAGGUCUCUACUGUUAUCCAGGGAUAAAUCUACCUUCUUGGAUUCUAGGACUUCUCCAAGUGCCUGCUGCAUAUUUUUCCAUUGAUCCAGAUGCCUUGCCCAGCCUGUACACAUACUUUAUGAAGAAAUGUAAUUUCCAAUAUGUCCUUGUUGAAGAAGAUAAAGUUGAUAAAUUCACAGUAACAUAUGGACACUUGUACAGCCAAAAUUCUCUUCAAAUGCAGGGAAUUGGUUUAAUUCUCUUCCAACCGCACAGUGGUGUUCAGUUGACAAAAUGUGUAAAUGCAGGUAGUGAAAGCUCUAUGGUCGGAAGCAUCUGGAAACCACAUCUAGUGGAGCAACAUGAGGCUAAACCGCCAAAAAAUCUGUUGGAUGUCAGAGAGAAACAUUCCCUGGCAUAUAUUUUGCAUACAUCUGGAACAACAGGGGUCCCCAGAAUUGUGAGAGUACCUCAUAAAUGCAUCGUACCAAAUAUUCUUCAUCUUAGCGAGAUUUUUAAAAUUACCCCAGAUGAUGUGGUGUUUAUGGCCUCUCCUUUGACUUUUGACCCAUCUGUCAUUGAGCUGUUCAUUACUCUAGCGAGUGGGGCUUGUCUGCUUAUACUACCCACAGUGAUUAAAAUGAUGCCACAGCAGUUAUCCAGGGCUCUCUUCCAGCGCCACAGAGUGACCGUAUUGCAGGCUACACCAACCCUUCUGAAAAGAUUUGGAGUUCAGCAUAUUAGAUCAACUAUAUUGUCUGUGGAUGCUUCCCUGCGAAUCUUAGCUCUUGGUGGAGAAGCAUGCCCUGGGCUAAGUGUGUUGAGAAGCUGGAAAGAAAAAGGAAACAAAACUCAUCUCUUUAAUAUUUAUGGUAUUACUGAAGUUUCCUGUUGGGCCACAUGUUACAGGAUUCCUGAGGAGGUUUUUGACAUGGAUCAUCGAUUUGAUUCACUUGUACCACUGGGAACAUCAUUACCUGGAACAACAGUUGAAGUCAAAGAUGCUAAUGGCUCUGCUGUCCUAGAAGGUGAAGGCCAAGUAUUCAUAGGAGGAAAUGGACGUGUUUGUUUCGUUGAUGAUGAAAUAACACUCCCUGUGGACACAAUGAGAGCCACUGGAGAUUUUGUAAGAGUUAAGAAUGCUGAAAUGUUUUUCUUGGGGCGGAAGGACAAUCAAAUUAAGCGUCAUGGCAAGCGUCUCAACACUGAAUACAUACAGCAGGUUGCAGAGAGCCUCUGCACAGUGGAAACCUGUGCUUUGAUAUGGUACCAACAAGAAAAAUUAAUUCUAUGUGUUGCACCCAAAGAUGUUUCAAAAGGGCAUCUUUUAAAAAAACUCCAGGAAUGUCUUCCCAGCUAUGCAAUCCCAGAUGAGGUUUUGCUGAUUGAGACUUUGCCAUUCACAUCCCAUGGCAAAAUUGAUGUGUCCAGGCUGAACAAGAUAUACAGCAGCCACCUGAAUUCCAGAAAAAGUGACAGCAAGCUAAGCCAACAAGAACUAUGGGAAGCCUUGCAGAGUCUCUGGCAGUCUGUCCUUAAUCUUCCAGAUGGUUCCAGCUGCAUUUUGGAAGAUUCACAGUUCUUGCCCAGUGGUGGGGAUUCUUUAAAAUUACUACAGCUCCAUGAUGAAAUUGAGCGUAUGGUAGGUAGGCCUAUUCCUGGCUUACUAGAAAUUAUUCUCAAUCGUUCAAUUGGCGAGAUCUACAAACAUGUCCUAAAAUCAGCCUUCCCAAGUGACAGCCUAACUAUAAACGAACACUGCACUAUAAAAAGAAAAUUGAGAGACCGUUUCAGUGAAGAACCAAAUAAUAAAUGUGUGGCACUUGCCCCUGAGAGUUCCCUGAAAAACGAAGUGGCCAACAUAGGAUUUAUUGCCGUAAGCCGAGGAAACCACUUGGUGUCUAUCAAUGGGUCUGUGAAGAACCAGAUUGAUGGAGAACAGGCAGAAAAGAAUGAAAUGUUGCAAAAAAGGAGUACUAAUGUAAAUAUAACAGAAGAUUAUUCUGUUGAAGAAAAUUUGGGUCAAGAGAAUCUUGGUGAAACUAUUAAAAAGUUGACAUUGCAUGUAAGAUGGAUAUCAGACCUUGGCAAAUGUGUUGAUGCAUCUCCACUACUUGUAAUCCCAAUUCCUGACAAAUUACCUGCUUUUGUAUAUAUUGGGUCUCAUUCUCAAGUGAUUCAAGCAAUUGACUUAUAUUCAGGCAAAGUGAAAUGGAAAAGAAACCUUGCAGAUCGUAUUGAGUCCUCCGCGUGCAUAUCUAAGUGUGGAAACUUCAUUGUUGUUGGUUGUUAUAAUGGAUUGGUAUAUGUUCUCCAAAACAGUAAUGGGGAAAUCCACUGGGCAUUUCCCACGGAGGAUGCUGUGAAAAGUUCUCCAGCUUUGGAUCCUUCCACAGGAUUAUUCUUUAUUGGAUCUCAUGACCAGCGUGUAUAUGCUUUAGAUAUUUAUAAGAAGGAAUGUAUUUGGAGUUUACACAGUGAAUCUGGAGGUGUAUUUUCUUCUCCUCAUCUAAAUCUGUUACCAUAUCACCUGUAUGUUGGUACUCUGGGAGGACUGCUACUUGCUGUUAAUCCUGUUAUGGGGAAAACUAUUUGGAAAAGUGUUUGUGGAAAACCUAUCUUCUCAUCACCACAUUGUGACAAAGACUAUGUGUAUGUUGGCUGCGUGGAUGGAAAUUUAUACUGCUUUAGUCACUUUGGAGAAAAGGUUUGGGCGUUCUCCAGCAAUGGACCAAUCUUUUCAUCACCCUGUGUUUCACAUUUUUCCAGAGAUAUAUUCUUUGGGUCCCAUGACUACUUUAUUUAUUGCUGUAAUAGAGAAGGAAAUUUAUUAUGGAAAUUUGAAACAACAUCAAGAGUUUAUGCGACCCCAUUUGUUUUCUGUAGUCAUGAUUUGGACAGUAAAACAUUUCUGGUUGUGACAUCUACAGAUGGCAGAAUAUGGAUCCUGAAUGCUAAGACUGGGGUGGCAGAAGGUACAGGAGAACUUCCAGGUGAGGUAUUCUCUUCUCCUGUAGCCUGGGGAUCAACAAUUAUUGUAGGCUGUAGAAACAACUACCUUUAUUGUUUAGAUUUAUUAUUAUCUAAAACUAAUAAAACUGUCCAACAAUGAUCUU